CCGUCGCGACGCGGUACCAACAGCUGCUUCGCUCCCCGAAACCCGAACGUUACAUCGCCCGUUAGACUAGUUACAGUUUUUGGUUACAACGGGCCGGAAGCGUCGGUCAGUGUCGUCUUCGCAAAAUUUUAACAAUGACUUCCCAGCGCCAAAUCACGGUACUGAUCGUCAUCGCCGCUGCAAUAUCUUCGUCGAAAUGCUGGUCAAACGAGAACUCGGAAAUUGCAAAGAUACUCCACAGACCUAUCAGGGAAUUGACUUAUCCUAGCUCCAGCACUACGGGUAUCUUCUUCGCCGUUGCCGUCCCGUUAUCCGACCCAGAACACUCCAUAUCGUUGUCUUACUUCUUUGAAGCCAACUACGAUCUCCCGUCAAACUUCUCCUAUUACGACCCGCUGCUUCUUGGCCGAAGGACGCGACGGAGCAUCGACAGGGAAACAGUCUACCGAGCAUUGGAAAGCAAAUUCGAAAGCGCCGGAUUUCCGGGACGCGACUGCCUUCUUCGUUCAAUUUGCGAGACGUCGGAAUGGCCCAUUCGACACAACGGAAUAUUGGGGGAUGUGAUGCACGUCAUCCUCACGCCUUCGUCAUCCCAAAAGGAAGAUCUUCCCGAAGAAUUCGCCGAGGCUGAACGAAUCGGGAUGAACGGGACCUGCUCAAAAUCCUACCCGCUUUGUCCAGUGGGGCUUUUCGACUUGGUUGGAAACUUCAUUAGUCUAUAGCGAAGGUGGUGAACAACCAAUGUAGCCCCACGACGAGAGUUCUCGUCCUUAAACGGAGGGCGAAACACGGUGGCCACCCUAGGACACGUCGUUAUUUUAACUCAGCGUCUUCUUCUCUCGUCUCCUGGUCGAUUCCUCAACGGCCUGACACUGAUGGACAGAGUCCAUGCCCCAAGGAUCAGCAGAAUUCAUUCGUUACGGAUCUUGACUCGCUAUUGUUUGAACGUGCAACAAAUGCGGUCACUCUCGCUGUGAGAACCCCGUGGAUAAGACACUCUGGCCAAGCAUCGUCAUUUAUAAGAGUUGUAAUUAGGGAUUAUUCAGUAAUCGUUCUUCCGAGGGGAGAAAUUAUAAGAGGGUGAGAAAAUAUACGAGGUAUAAAGCGGUCUCACACUGUGCGCUGCAGUAUAUCAAACACAAGGAGAAGAGAAAGAAACGAUCGAUUUUAUGAAGCUAUGACGACGUCUUACUUGAUCCUCAAUAACUUUUAUCCGAAACGUUUUAUACCUCUCUUAUUAAGGCGUAACGCUGCGAGAAGCUGUUGCCUCUCCUGUACUUACUCGCUCGAUAAAAAGGGUGCAGAAGUUCGUCGGCUAUUGUUGAAUGAAGUAUUGUUGAUUCUGAUACUUUUUCGAUCGAUCUCGCCGAACAAGAUUUCCCACUUUCCAGAGUAUAUUAGAAGUAGACGGAAACGUUCUAUAGGCACUAGUUUAUCGACGUCUCUUUCACUUCCUGUGAUGUACUUCAGACAUUGUAAUAGAGUCAUACAUUCGACCAGCCAAACAGAUUCACGGUUUGUUUCGUUCAAUGACCCUUUUUAUCGCCUGUGAAAAUAGUUCGGGCGCUUGGUGCGAGUAACGCGAUUAUUAAUUCGAAUUAUUUGUGAAUAUGAGAGUAAAAUGAAUGAAGAU